AUGAGUACAUUGACCAAGAAUCAAGCUACGGAACUACAUAAGUCUAUGAUAGGCUAUCUGUCAUUGCUCAAUGCAUCGAAAUGCGUUGCCGUCUUACAAGAAGAACUCAAUUUAAAAGAUGCUUUCCCGAAAGACAAAGUCAAAACGUACGCGCGGAUAUUGGAGCGAAAAUGGACGAAAGUCUCCAUGCUUCAAAAACAGAUUAUAAGGCUGGAGUUAGAAAGAGAUCGUCUACGGUCGCAGCUAGAACCCGCUUCAAAAGCCAUGACACGCCCAAAUCGAGAUGCGGAUAAAUGGCUUCCCAGUGACCCAACCUAUACAUUGGAGUCCCAUAGAGGGGCCAUCACAUGCAUUGCUUUCCAUCCGGUAUACUCUUUCUUAGCAUCUGGAUCGGAGGACCACACCAUCAAAAUCUGGGAGUGUGAGGUUGGCGAACUCGAGAGAACAAUUAAGGGACAUUCCCAAAGCGUGACAGACCUUGACUUCGGUGGCCAGAAGGGCAACGUACUCCUCGCAUCAAGCUCGGAUGAUCUCACGAUCAAAAUCUGGGAUCCAAACAACAACUAUGCUCACGUGAAAAUCGUCUCGUUUCAGCUAGUCGAGACGCAUCGAUUCGCAUAUGGGAUGUAG